GCUACUUCUAUCGACCAGAUCCUCGUCUCUCCUCCUCUCGUUUCCGAGCUGCUGCGCCGGCCUUCCUUCUAUGCAUUUCGCUAAAAUCCGAUCCACGAGGACGCCUCGUCACCCGCCGUCUCUUUUUCGGGAAACCGAGACUGGCUGGUGAACCACGUGGCAGCGUGGAAACCAUGAGGAAGAGACGGCCGAUCGACACCCUCCGAUGACAGCGUGCCCGCUUACGGGAUCAAACCUUCCGAACAAUUUCGAGUUCGUACAAAAAUUCGCGAGUUCGACGUCGUCAGGUUCAAUACGUUCGCGAAUCACCGAAGGGUGUUCAACGAAUGAUCAACGAAUCGACGUGACUCGACGUAACUCGACGCGGUGGUGGUGAAGGUUGUUCGCGGUUUUGAAAUUCGAGCGCAACGUUUACGCGGAUCAGUGGAUACCCAGAACAGGGGAAUCAGUUGCGAGGGACGAUUCGCGCGUGAGGAGGAUCAAACGGGAGCUAGCAACGGCGGAAGGAAGGGAGGCUGGAUGGAAACACGUCAAAUCUGACCCGUCAUCGAGUCGAGAAAAAAAGAGGUAGAGAAUGCGGCGAGGAACACGACUCGGACCACCGCCCUCUCAUUAAAAUGCGACGAUACGUCAGCUUCGUUGCGUUAAAGUGCGCCGAAUUAAAGUCUUCCUGACACGUUCGGACGGCGUCGAAUCGAGGCGUUCAUUUAAACUGUGUCAAAUUGAAAGAGCGCGAUUCGCGAAUUCUCUGCUAAUCGACUAAACGCGUCGACGUAGACUUCGUACACAGCACGUACUUGGACGCAAGGGACAUCAUACCUGCGUGCGUAGACACGUGCACAGACGUUCAGCCUCAGACGUCGAUUUAUAAUGUAGGAACUACUCUAAUUCAUCUCGCAGUAAUUAUCUAAUGUUUCGUGGAUCGUUAAAAUGACCGCGGGUCGUAGAGAAUAUUACGAGUCGAGAGUUUGUCAAGGAAACGUCGAGUAUCGUACCCUUGCGAAUGAAAGCCGAUGUCGAAAAAUGGAUUCAGAGCUCUAAGUACGACGGCCUCGUCUUAUCGAAAAACCCUGUUUAAAACCCCGGAGAAAUAAGUCUUCCAGGUGCAACGAUUCUCCUAAAUGUAUAACUCCCAUUGCGGCCACUUCAUCCAGUUUAGAUGUAUUAAAUCUAGGAUAGAAACUGAUGACGAGAGUAAAGAAAUUCAAGUGAAAUAAGACGUAUUCGGAUUUAUAAUGAAGUACCGAUAACAAUCGUGAUUUCGUCGGCGGACGAUGGAGGCGCUGAUAUUUGCAGUCUUUAAAUCAUUCAGAACUGCUUAGGAAGGAAAGUACCUCUGGUAUGACUGAAAACUUCCACGACGAGGUAAGCAGCCGAUGCACGAUCAUAACUACAAUGAGAGGCGUGCAGUGCAAAAAAAGUCUACAGCGGCUGAAACGAUAUUUUUUCUUCGUCACUACGUUCAGGAUAGUCUUCCGUGGCAGUAAAAAAGCGAAGGACAAUGAACGCAGCACUGACGUCGAGUUGGAUAACAAAAUCUUCAAAGGCCGAUUGCAUCUACGAAGAUGGUUAAUAGCACUUCUAAUUUUACUCUUUAUAACGCUAAUCAUAUUAAACACGUACAGCAUGGACCAAUUUCGAGCGAUACGGUAUGGAGCCAUUAUUAAUGACAGUGCGCAAGAAAAUUACGUGGCGGAAUUAAAAUCGACCUACUCUGGCUUUCUGGUCAAUAGCAAUGCUUGCCGUAUCCCAUACGUUGAUCCUUUCGAUUCAAAGAUGCUGCCAUUUUACAAAAAGAUGGAUCCGUUGAUUUGCAAACAUGGGAGUCACCUGCCGCUAGUGGAUUCGAAUAACACGGCAAUUUAUAUAAAUCCGAAUGCGAUCUCUCAUUUUUACAACGAUUCGAAAGAAAUAAACUGCUGUUGGCGUGCGAUCCAUCGAGUGCAGCACGAAGACAAUGACGUUAAGUAUGAUACAGAAUGCCAUAAAUUCGUGAACUCCGCGACCAUCACUGAUACAGAAUACGUGAAGGUCGAAUGUUCACAGAAUAAAACGAUGGUCUAUAAAGAUGUUUUCGCGUUCCUGCCUCGUUUUCCUUCGUUAGAAAAAAAAUACAAAAAGAAGAAAACUGACUACCUCAACGUGUUAAUAAUCGGCAUAGACUCUGUCUCGAGGAAUAAUUUUCACAGAAUGAUGCCGAAGACCGUCGAAAUGUUGAAAAAAUACGGAGCGGUGGAAUUGUUGGGCUACACGAAAGUAGGCGAGAACACGUUCCCGAAUUUAGUACCUGUUUACAGUGGCCUAUCGAUAUCCGAGUUGGAAAAAUUGUGCUGGCCGAAGAGAGACAAGACGUUCGACGACUGUCCGUUCAUUUGGCAGAACUUCAGCGCGUCAGGUUACCGAACGAUCUUCGCCGAGGAUGCCUGCAGCAUAUCAACGUUCAACUACUUGAAACGCGGAUUUCGCGAUCCACCCACGGACUAUUACUUGAGACCAUAUUGCAUCGCAUCGGAGAAGGAAAUCGGUAACACGCGACCACUGAACGCGAUGCUCUGUUUAGGGACACGAAAAUGGUACGAUCAGUUGUUAUCGUACGCGAAGAAAGCAGCCAUACAAUUUAUCGAUGAUCCAUAUUUUGCGAUAUCCUGGCAAACCAGUUUGACUCACGAUUACUGGACUUAUCCGCAAUGGGGAGACCAAAGUUAUGCCGAUUUCGUCGCCGAAAUGUUCAACGAGAAAUUGCUGGAGAAAACGGUUUUGAUAUUUAUGAGUGACCAUGGUAUGAGAUGGGGUCCCUUCCGGCAGACUUAUCAGGGUAGAAUGGAAGACAGUCUACCGUUUUUAUUCAUCAUGGCACCGCGCUGGUGGAGAGCGAAACACGAGGUCGCUUGGGCCAAUCUCCGGAGAAAUACGAGGCGUUUGACGACGCCUUACGAUCUGCAUGAAACCCUGAAGGAUCUGUUGGAUUACAAAAAUUUGAAGGAAUCGAGUUUGAAAAAUCGGACCAAGGCGACGUCGGCGGGCAAGCAGUUGCCACGCGGGAUCAGUCUGUUUCUGCCGAUUCCUGACUACCGCACGUGUGCUACAGCGGGUAUACCUAGUCGCUGGUGCAUGUGUCAUAAUAGCUAUGAAAUUUCCACGGACGAUAACAACGUUCGGGACAUGGCAUUUUACUUGGUAUCAACGCUGAACGAAAUGCUGAAAAAGUUCGCGCAGUGCGCGAUUCUCAAACUGAAAGAGAUAAGAAAUGCGAAAGCGUGGAAGUACGAGGACGAUGACCGGGUCGUCGAUUACACGAUCGUGAUUGAAACAGAACCAGGGAAUGCAAUAUUCGAAGCCACAAUACGACACGAGACGAACAAGACCGACAGCGAAUUGGUUGGUGCAGUUAGCAGAUUGAACUUAUAUGGACAACAGAGUGCCUGUGUAAACGACUACAACAUGAGACUUUAUUGUUAUUGUUUGUAGUUCAUUAUUUGGUCUAAUCUUUUUAUCCUUAUUUGAUGUUUCAAUUGUUCUUCGUACACUGCUCCUCACGAGGAAUAUUAUAUUGGAUAUCGGUUUACGUUCAAAAUUUCGAUGAAAUUAUUACCGUAGCGCAAGAAUAGAUAGGAUACUUGGAUUAAGGGUGAUGUAUGACAGUUGUAAGCUUUACAAAUUAACGUCAACUAUCGAAAUAUUGAUGUUAAUGGUUAAUUGAGUGCAUGAGUAUGCGAAUGCACUUACGUGUUCAUAUUAUAUGUAAAUAUGUAUGUAUAAUUUACUGAAGGAAUCGUGCGUUAUAAAUAUUCAUUUACCCAGUGAGCAAGUUUCAUAAGUAAUCCUUAAUAUCACAAGUUAAAUAUUUUGUAAAUAAAUUUCUGAACG